AUGGUUGUCCAGAAUCGACAAAUCCAUCAUCAACAUGGUCAAGCUGUUUUGUCUAUGGAAAAAGAUGUCAUGCAUCAAAGUAAUGUUUCCAUUGUGAUCGUCAAAUCGUCAUGUCUUAUUUUUACAUCAACUAUCAAUUUAGAUUUUAUUAGUGAUGAGGAUGAUGAUUCCAACUAUGACCCUUUUGCACCUCUUCAAUUCGACGAUGACACAAGUUCAAAAUUUGAGGAUGAAGAGACACCUUUUAUUAUUAAUGCCAAUUAUAUAAGAACUUCAAAAGCCAUCACGCCUUUGCACCACAUAUUAUCAUUUUAA